UGUUGUAGUUCCGCCAUUUGCAUUGGUGUUUUGAUGCUGUGUUGCGAAUUGUGUAAUUUGCCUUAAAACAAACAAAACCCCACCCAAAGGAAGAGUACAAACGGUAAAACAAGUCUCACUGAAGCAAACAAAUCGAUCAUGGGGGAUGGUGCGUUCUGCUCAAGUUACGUUCCUGCAGAGUAUGCUGAUCCGUACGCUGAUGAAGCAUAUGAGGAACAUUCCUAUGAAGAUGAUAGAAAUUACGAGAGACUGACAACCGACCAGGAGUAUGACCGUCGGUACAGUCGCGAUAACGAAGACAGACACAGGGAUAGUAGCGGAGAUUGCUAUGGUGUGGACAGAAGCAGCUAUCGCUAUGGAGAUGGUUGCUCAAGUUCUGGCUAUGCUGGAGACGAGGAGUACAGUCGAGAUAGAGAAAAGUCACGAGAGAGUAGAAGUCGACAUGACGGACACCGAGACAGACGGCGUGAUCGUGAUCGUCGGUAUGAUCGUGACCGAGACAGCGAUGGGGGACGAUCACGUGACCGACCACGUGAGAGAGACCGAUCACGUGACACACGCAGCAGAAGUCCAACAAAGUCUGAUGAUUCACGCAGCUACGAGAAUGGUCACUUGAGUGAUGACCGGGACCCGCGUGAUGACCGUGGUGGUGAGAAGUGGGUUACACUGCAGCCAACACAGACCGUUCUGCUGAGAUUCCUGCCUCCAACUGUUGAUGAGAAGGAUAUUCGUGCACAACUCAUGAUGUUUGGGGCUCCCGUUAAAGAUGUCCGAUUGAUGCGCAGAAGUUCAGGUGCAUCCCGAGGGUUUGCUUUUGUGGAGUUUGAGAACAUAGCCGACUCCCAGCGCUGGAUGGACUUGAAUCAGGGUCGACUGAGCAUCAUGGACCACCACAACAUCACGAUGCACUACAGCACACCACGCACGGGGCACGAGAAACUACAGCAGAAAAGUGAUUGGUCGUGUAGCAAGUGUGGUGUUCACAAUUUCAAAAGAAGAGACUACUGUUUCAAAUGCAACACGUCGAGAGAUGAAUCUGAGAAAAACCGAGGUGAAGAAGGCUAUGACCAAGUGGGCUUGAAUCCUUGCAACACUCUUCUGUUUCGAGGAUUGGAUGCCUUGACAACUGAAGAAUCAAUACUUCAGGGGCUCUGUGCAAUUUCUACACUGAAUCCAAAAAAUGUACAUGUUAUACGUGACCCGGCUACCAGUGUGUCGCGAGGUUUUGCCUUUGUCGAGAUGCUUUCUGUCGCAGAUUCCAAAGUUGUUCUUGAUUUGUGUACAAAUCCAGAAGCACCAUUAGAACUCGAUGGGAAGCAGAUCAUUGUGUCAUACGCCAAAAACACUUUCAAUACUGUCAUGGCAUCUAUUGCUGCAGCUACUAAUGGAGGUGCACAGAGCGAGUAUUACCAGUCAUUCUUCCCGGUGGGGGAGUAUCCAGCAAACUACGAGCAGGCGGGUUACUAUGACAGUAACGGCCAGUAUUACGAGGGUCACUCGUACGAGUACUCACAGUAUUACGGGGGCCAGUACGGGCAGGUGUCCACCGCUGGCUCAACGUCUCAAACACAGAUUGAUUCCACGAAUGCUGCUGCUGCUGUUGCCCAAGCUGCCAUUGCUCAGGCCAAUGCUGCUAAACAGUACCAGAAACAAUUAACAGAACCAGUGGUUCAAGCACCACCUACCACAGCUGUAACCUCGACAGCUACAACAACAACUACCCAGGAAUAUACCAAAUAUCCUGCUCCUGAUGUGUCUACAUACCAAUAUGAUGAGUCAUCCGGAUACUAUUUUGAUCCUACCACUUCCUUGUAUUAUGAUGCCAACUCACAAUACUACUACAAUGCUCAGACGUGUCAGUUCAUGUACUGGGAUGCCGAGAAGAGUACGUACCUGCCAGCCCCAUCAGAAAGUCACACAGAGGAGACCAGUGACACGCCGGGCGUUGACAAGUCCAAGAAGGACAAGGAUAAGAAAGAAAAAGUGAAGAUAGCCAAAAAGAUUGCAAAGGACAUGGAGAAAUGGGCCAAGUCUAUGAAUGCUCAAAAAGAAAUGAAGACUAAAAUUGCUCUACCUUCAUUUGGAAAGAAAGAAGAAAAAGAAUCCGCUACUGCAGAUGCGGGUUUUAACAUUCUGGCCAUGACGAAACCUGGUGGACCAGAAGACAAGAAGUUAAUGCCUCCUCCACCCACUCCUGGUGGUAAAGGAGGCCAGUCUGGGAUUCCCGGCCUCGUGGCGUCCUACGGAGGCGACAGCGAUGAGGAGGAAGACGAUGACGCUGCGGGGGCGGCAGGCGGCAAGCUGGACGAGAGUAAACUCGUCGACUGGAAUAAACUCGCUUGUCUGCUGUGCAAACGUCAGUUUCAGUCCAAGGAAAUUCUUGCUAAGCAUACCCAGUUCUCUGAACUACACAAGCAAAACAUGGAGGCAGUACAGAGUUCAAAGCAAGGACAUGACAAAAUUGAGUAUCGGGAUCGUGCAAAAGAAAGACGACAGAAAUAUGGAGCCGCGUCUCCACCUGAACCACGGAAACGCUACCAACCUCCCACUGAGGAGUUGUACGAGGAGCCGACUAAAGCUGGAAUUGGUGGUGACAAUAUCGGCAGUAAACUGUUACAGAAGAUGGGGUGGGCUCCUGGUGCAGGGCUUGGCAAAGGGAAACAAGGCAUCACCGUACCUAUUGAGGCAAAACGCCGGGUGCAAACAGCUGGUUUAGGAGCCAAAGGUGCCAACAUAAUUCCUGAUGCUGGAGAUACAUACAAAGAGAGUGUGAAGAAAACAAUGUUUGCACGGUAUCAGGAAAUGGAUUGAUGCAUGACUUUCUUUUUGUAUUGUUGGGCAUCGUGGAAACACAUGAGAGUGGAAACAACAUGGCUGUAUCUCGUGAAGACCUCGUCCAUUACCUAUUGUUUCAAUGUUGUAUUCAACAACUGGAAAUUUGCAGUAGUCGAUCAAACAUACCAAAACAAAAAAUGGGUGUUGAUAUUCUGUUGGAAAAUAAUGUUCAUCUGUUGAAAAGUUGGUGUUUGAUGAGAUUUUAAGAUUGGUCUGCUCAAUAGGUGAUGACAGUGACACACAUCGGCAUCAAGCCAGUUCCUACUUAAAGAACACUUUCUAAGUGUACUUGAAGAAUUAAAAACGUUUACCUGAGAAAUUGUAAAAAGUCUGCAUGAGAGAUUUUAAAAUCUAACAUGAGUUUGAAUGAUGCAUUACAAAUACAAAUUUUUACCAUCAAAUAUGAAACUUUAAUCACAUACACACAUUAUUUUGUUUGGAGGUCAUCAAGCAAUAUCACUAAAAUCUUUAAGUAAACAAUUUGGUGUAUGUUAUAAACUAUGGCAUAUUUUAAUUGGUGUAAACAGGAAGUUGUGACAUGAUACUUCAAACUGGAUGUUCACCUGUAUAAAUCGGUGUACCAUAGACAUUAGGAUGUGCAAUGAAUCUACACUACCAACAUGAAUUGGUGUGCAUUUGGAUGUUUUGACUGAUAUGGAUUGGUGUACAUUGGAUAUUAGGACUAGUUACAUACACAUUGUAUGUUGGUUCAGUAUGAAUUGGUAUGAUGUGGAUUAAUUUCCACUAUGUUGUAUGAAUGUGUACAGUAGAUGUUGGGACCUGUAUGAAUGUGUACAGUAGAUGUUGGGACAUGUAUGAAUGUGUACAGUAGAUGUUGGGACCUGUAUGAAUGUGUACAGUAGAUGUUGGGACCUGUAUGAAUUGGUGAACAUUGGGUGUUGAGACUUGUAUGGAAUGGUCUAUGCUGAUGUUGUGUGUAUAAAUCUACUGGGCGUUGAGGAGUGAAUUGGUGUACAUAGGGAUGCAAGGAUUUGUGUGAAUCUGUGUCAACUGAUGGGACCAGUAUGAAUUGUGUACACUGGAUGGUUGUACACAUGGUUUUACAUGUGGAUGUUAGACGUCCAUGACUGAAACUAUAAUAAAGAAAUUUGGAUAGGUUCCUUUACAGUCAAAACUGAAUCAAAAAGUGUAUUGUAUACCAAACUUAGUUUUAUCGGAAAAAAGUGCUAAAACGUUUCUCUCUUUUUUCCAUCCGUUUCUUUUCUUCAUUUUUUCUUCUUUUUUUCUUUUUUGUCCCUUUAAAUUAGUUCAAUAGUAAAGUUGGCUGUACAAAAAAUGUUGAAAUGAAGAUCAUUACUUUACUUACAAAUUUUAACUGUUUUUGCUGUUAUGUAAAUUUUUGAAGGAACCACGUUGGAUUACCAUCAUGCAAAAUAAACCAUUUUCAAAAA